GCUUGCGAGAAUGCCUUUUGGAUAUGCUUCUGAGUGUUAGACCUGUAUGGCUACGCAUUGGGCUAGAGAGCAUUUUUAGCGAGACUAUCCCGCAUGGAAACAACGUAUCUGAUGUCCGAGUGUUGGUGCGGUUCAUCCUCUUGCGCGUUUUCAGCGACCCAGCGCUGGCGCGGCAGUAUUCUUUCAAGAACAUCAUUCAUUAUCAGAAACAAGGCUUCUCUACUGCCAUCGGAAAGCACUUUCUGUAUCGUUUUCUGACGUUGUUCAUAUUUCUUGAUUUCGCUACGGCGGCGGACAUCCUCUCCUUCCGAUAUUCUCUCUUCAAACCCAAAAGCAGUUUUGAAAGCGUUAAAGACCUGUUAACGGCUCUUGCUAAGGAAUUUAUAAGCCCUCAACGGGACAUGCUGAAAGAACUGUCUCGCAUCGACUAUACGCCGCGAUACGAGCAGUCCUGGCUCCAUGAAUACAAAGUGACCGUCAGCAACUUGACUGAAGAUUUCCGGGACGGUGUCAUAUUAACACGGUUGGCGGAAAUUCUGCAACGUGACUGGAGUCUAGAAUGCGAGCUUUGGGGACCACCGAUCAGCCGGUUGCAGAAGUUGCACAACGUCAGCGUCAGUGUCAAGUCGUUGGCUGCUUACGGCAUAGUCGUCAGUGAUGUAAGCUGUCCAAAGCUUGUUGCUGGCGAUGAACAAGAAAUAGUCAAAGUCCUGCAACGGCUAGCGAUUCGCAACUUGACGGUAACGACAGAUCCGUUUGAAAUCCAACGAGAGCUGGUAAAUCUUCGCAUUCUCCUGCGAAAAUCUACCUCAAAGGCAGGCGAGAAACUUUUGGCUAGUCACAUGCCUCCAGAUACAUUGCUACUGGCUUACUGGUGCGCCACUGUUCUGGCAUUCUUUGAUAUCGAGUUCGAUCCAGACAUUCGCAACAUAGACGAACCGAUUUUGUUGCGUGUCAUCAGCUUUUACGUUCCAAAUAUGAUUCCGGAUGGUAUGAUCAAAGAUGGGCCUUCCUUGAAUUCCGCUUGUCUGCAAGAACCAACGACUAGUGGAAGACAGUUAUUUGUCGGCAACCGCCUGUACUAUCGAAAGUUGUUGACAAAUGUGGUAAGGGAUUGUAAAAUAUGUUGUCUUGCAUCUGAUUACGUAUAUUUCGAAGUAAUAUCCGUUUGUUUUACAGGUUUUGAAGCUUGGAAUUUUGAAAAAGCUAUUUCUCAGAAUUUGCACAACAAAAAGUAAUU